GAGAUUGUCUCACCGGAUAUUUCAAAAUUAACAUCUCUUUGCUGCUUCCGCACUUCGAAGCAUGGCGACCGCGGCUGGUUCAAAAAUAUUUCAGAAUAUCCCUGUACCUAUCUUAUUCAUACUUAUUUCCUGCUUGGUUUCAUUCGGAAAAGCAAAUUUCAGACAAUUUGCGGACGAGCCUCUGCAACUAGUUAAACCAGACCUAAACCACAAAAGGCUUGUGUUGGUGAAGGAAAAUAUAAAGGUCGUGUCUAAAAUUGAGGGGCCCGUGGCGACCAUAGCCGUCGUCGGGAAGUUCCACUCCGGCAAGUCUUUCCUCAUGAACCAACUGAUGGGGAAGACCAAGGGAUUCGGAAUAGGCCCCACGGUCCGACCUGAAACGAUGGGCAUCUGGAUGUGGGGACAGCCACUGAAGGUCAGGCUACCCUCAGGGCAGAAUUUAUCUCUAAUCUUCUUGGACACUGAAGGCUUUGCCGCAAACAAUGUCUCUGAAAACUAUGAUGCCAAGAUUUUUGCUGUUGCAACCCUUAUCAGCUCGCACCUGAUCUACAACUCAGUCAAGAUAAUCGACCAAGCUGACAUUGACUACCUGGAGCUAUUGGCCAGACGCACACAGCUCUUUGCCUUGCGGUCGCAAUUGUCUCGUGCCAAAUGGAACGACGGUUUCGUCCAUGAUCUGCUCAGCUUUCCGCCACUGCUUUGGGUGGUGCAGGACUUUGUGCAGACAACUCUUGACAAUGAGACACCUACCCAGUGGUUGCACCGGCUCAUGGAAACUCACAGCAGAGAGAGCGAAGACUACAAGAUCAGCCUACUUGAUAUUUUUAAAUCGCUGGAGUGUCACACUCUCUUUUUGCCUGCCGUCAAGCGCCUUCUUCUGACUGAUUUAUCCGAGGCCAGGGAAGAAGACCUCACAGAAGAGUACAUUGAGGAGAGAGAUGCUCUUUCUAAAAAGCUCCUUGCAACCUUAGUGCCAAAGACAAAGAAUGGAAGACCAAUCACAGGAGCUGAACUCGUCACACUUUUUGAGGUCCUUGUGGAGGCCUCUAAUGAUGGCUCUCUUGCUGAUGUACCAAGCCGUUGGACUUCCUUUGUCGAACGAAUAAUGGAUUCUUCUACCGAAGACUGCACUCACUUCUAUGAGUCUGAGAUGCAAGUCCUUUUUAAGAAAAACGACGACGGACCUGUCAAAGAAGGUGUCCUUGUGGAGUGGCAUGCUCAAGCAAAGAAGAAAUCAUUCACUCUUCUCACACAGUUGCUGCAUGGGUUGUCAGAUGCCCUCGAGUCGGCAAGCACUCAGCUAGGAAAGAACCUGGAAAGCCUUCAUGCCAGGCAGCGAGACUUGAACUCCAAGAAGGUUCGGCUCUUCUGCUCCAACCAGGAACAGAAAUAUCUGCUCACUGCUGAAGGUCAUGCCAGGGGCAUUGCCCUCCCCAUCAACUCUGCCAUACUUGAGCGAGACCUCGGUGCCUACGCAGAGAGUCUAGUCACGGACUUUGCCAAGGAACUGGAUAGUGUUCUUGAGGAAGAGGACAAGAAGACAUACACCAGAUCACUCAAGCAAUCACUUGCGCAUUUGAUCGAUGCCACCCAACUCCAGAAUGAGCGUGCCUUGGAAGCUGUCUUUGAGAAAGCUGUGGCUGCAGCGUCUGAUACCUUCUCAUCUAAAGCUGCUGUAUCAGAAGCUCUAACUGAUCAACAACUGACGAGAGCAGCAAAAGAAGGGAUGGACGCUGCUUUUCAGGUUUUCGAUUCGGAAUGCAAGAGGUUCUCAAGCGAAAAGAAGUAUGGUCUUCAUGAGGCACUGCUGAAGGAUGUUAUAAACCGUCGAAUGGAAGACCUUAGAAAAGAGAAUGAUCAAUUUAUCUCAAAACUGAUGGCUGAUACUACAAGGAAACUCGUGGAAAGGUUUGCUGAGAGAACUGGACCGCAGCAUCUGUCCUUACCAGUGAAUGAUACUGACCUUGAUCUAAGGCUCCUACAAGAGGCCCGUACCUCGCACGCAGAGUUCAGACGCUCCCUGGAUGCCUUCCAGACUUCGCCCGAGUACAAAAAGUCUUCACAAGAGCUGCUGGAAAAACUGAGGUCCGUGGAGAAGCAACGCAGAACCGAGAAUGUGGCCGCAUUCACACGUGUCGUCGGAGAACCCCUGAGACGGGCCAAGCAGAUAAUCCUGCUCUCUGCCGACAAGUUCGGAACCGAGUUUACUCUACGUUCUUUUAUCAUGGACGUGUGCCUUCUUCAGCUUGGGGACGGAAAGCCAAAGUUCUGGCAGCAGGACCUCAAGAGGAAUAUUGUGAACAACUUCAUGAACUCUGACCCCGAAUUAAGGCAAAGGAUAGACAGCAUCAAGGGUUUUUGGUCGAGUGUGGUUGGCUUCUUUCUCUGGAUUCUUUGGCUGAUUGGAUUCUGAUACUUUGCGAAAUUUAAGUGCGACAUAUUUUAUUCCUUAAAGGGGCACUGACACCCCAAUGGUCGUAUUUAUUUUUAUUGUCUAAAACGAUGCAAGUUGCAGCCAUAGACACGCAAAAAAAACCGCAUCGCGAAAAAAAAUUUUCCCGCGCGCACGCGCGCCUUUUUAUUUUUGGCGUUUGAUUUUCCCGCCUCUCGCCUCCUCGCUUCUUUUGAUCGGUGACGUCAAAAAUCAGGAAAUUUAGAAGCUUUGUAGGCGGCAUCUUUAUAACAUUUAAUGACGGCAAUCCUAAAACAUGUUUUUUAACGCAAUUGCGAACGCACUACGGCCCUUCUUUUUGAAAUACCAAAAAUCGGGAGUUCGUUGUGGUGCCGUCUCCUGGAUUUGUAUCCUCCAACGGAAAACAGGCGACACCGCUCAAAACCGGUCCGCCGCAACGCCGGCGCUAGCCGGCGCUCGCUCCUUUCCUCCUCGCUUUGGGUCGCCAUGGCAACAGCAGGGAGUGGUGACAGGAAAGGGGACUCUCAGGUCUCCGCAAUUUUUGACGUCAAGGCACCGGCGCCGAUCGCGCGGGAACUUCGAAUUCGGCAUUUGGAAAUUGUUUUUUUACUUCACGAAUACUGAAUUUCCAAAUUUCAAAUUUUGAGGGUAAUGUCCCGGCAUCGUUUUCGACCGUUCCGGAUAAUAAUAAAAAAUAUGAUUUUUAUGUGUCAGUGCCCCUUUAACAUUUAUGGAAGUCCCGUAUCUUCAAUGAAGACUUGUCUUAUAGCAAGCUACUUUAGGUUUAUAGUAAAUGAUGAACAUGUUAUUGAUAAAUGGCGGAUUCUGAUACUUCAAAAAAUUUUAGUGCGACAUAUUUCCUUUUUUUAACAUUUGUGGAAGUACCUUCAAUGAAGACUUGUCUUAUAGUAAGCUAUUUUUUGGGUGACACUGUCUAUAGUAUAUGAUGCACAAUGCUAUCGAUAGAUGGCUACAAUAAAGUGCAGAUGUGAUAUCUUGA